CCUAGAGUAGACAUUCGGUAACGUCAUGUAUUUAUACAGCGCUCCCAACAAUGACCAUCAGAGGGCGACUACAGACCGAGCAGAGUGAUCGCCCACAAUGUCGUCAUGGUAACGGUGUCCUGAGGUGAUGAAGAAGGUAUACAAAGUACUGACAAACAGGUUACCAGGAGAUAUAGCGGCAGGUUUACCAGGAAUAAAGAGUAACUACGCUGAAUUAUGGUGGAGGCAGGAUGGAUCUGCAUCGUAUGGUAGAGAAGUCUCAUAGACACCUACUGACUUGUAUAGCACAGAAACAUAAGGCAAAAUACAUAAAUAAAAACAUGAUGAAAAAUAUUUUGAACUUUUACAAAAUACAUGAACACAGACGUACAGAUUGUUGGGUUAUAUGACGGCUGUAUCGUUGGGUUAUAUGGUGGCUGUAAUGAUGGGUUAUAUGGUGGCUGUAAUGAUGGGUUAUAUGGUGGCUGUAUCGUUGGGUUAUAUGGUGGCUGUAUCGUUGGAUUAUAUGGUGGCUAUAAUGUUGGGUUAUAUGGUGGCUGUAUUGUUGGGUUAUAUGGUGGCUGUAUUGUUGGGUUAUAUGGUGGCUGUAAUGAUGGGUUAUAUGGUGGCUGUAUCGUUGGGUUAUAUGGUGGCUGUAUCGUUGGGUUAUAUGGCGGCUGUAAUGUUGGGUUAUAUGGUGGCUGUAUCGUUGGGUUAUAUGGUGGCUGUAUCGUUGGGUUAUAUGGCGGCUGUAAUGUUGGGUUAUAUGGUGGCUGUAUCGUUGGGUUAUACGGUGGCUGUAUCGUUGGGUUAUAUGGCGGCUGUAAUGUUGGAUUAUAUGGUGGCUGUAUCGUUGGGUUAUAUGGUGGCUGUAUCGUUGGGUUAUAUGGUGGUUGUAUCGUUGGGUUAUGUGGUGGCUGUAAUGUUGCGAUAUAUGGUGGCUGUAUCGUUGGGUUAUGUGGUGGCUGUAAUGUUGGGUUAAGUGGUGGCUGUAUCGUUGGGUUAUAUGGUGGCUGUAUCGUUGGGUUAUAUGGUGGCUGUAUCGUUGGAUUCUAUGGCGGCUGUAAUGUUGGGUUAUAUGGCAGCUGUAAUGUUGUGUUAUAUGGUGGCUGUAAUGUUGGGUUAUGUGGUGGCUGUAAUGUUGGGUUAAGUGGUGGCUGUAUCGUUGGGUUAUAUGGUGGCUGUAUCGUUGGGUUAUAUGGCGGCUGUAAUGUUGGGUUAUAUGGCGGCUGUAAUGUUGGGUUAUAUGGCGGCUGUAAUGUUGGGUUAUAUGGCAGCUGUAAUGUUGUGUUAUAUGGCGGCUGUAAUGUUGGGUUAUUUUUUUUUUGA